CAGUGUUCCACAGAAGUGUGACCAGGCAACGUGGGUGUAAUCCGAGUCACACAAAGUUCAUCAUGAUGACUUCGGAUAACUUCCAAACCCUUGAUUGGGUUCUUUUCACAACACAUAACAUGUCCAAGCAGGCUUGGGGAACACCGCCCAACGCGAAGUCAAAGGGGCUAGAAACGACGGUUUCCAACUACGAAAGUGGUAUAUUGAUAAGUCAACGACAUUAUCCCGGUAAGAAACUGGUCCCCGUGGAGCUGGGAGAGGAUUACUCCUCUUUACUUGAACACGAGGUUCCGAUCAUCCUACCUUUCAAAGUGCCUCCGCCCAAAUACAGCGACACGGAUAAACCGUGGUGUAUCUUUGGCUGAACAGAGCAAGAUGGCGUUGAUGUUAGCAGGCUUUGUGUUAGAACAGCACUCCCACAAGUGUAAUCCUAACAUACUAUCAAGCGCUUUGCGUCAGCUUGGCGAGGCUUCACUUCUUUGACACAUUCGCCGUGGCCGCGAUACUAUGCGCAGCAGGGCUCUUGACGUAUCACACGGCGUGAUUGUGGGCCAACAGGCUAGGACUGUUACUUAGGAGUUGAUCUGGAAGCUCAUAGUCUUCAUUACACCGGUGCUUACAUCGAAAUGGUUAAUCAACUGGUUACUUGAAUAUCACACCGGUCAACCCGGUUUUCGUACACUUUUCAGCCAGUAGCGACCACGACAAAUGGAU